GAGGGCUGACGGGCUGAAGAUGCUCGUUCAAUUUCCACGCGGUUACCUUGGCUGGGGGCGGGGACUCUGGCUUGGCCGCUCCGCCCCCUCGGUGGCUAUAUACAAGGGGGGAAGAGAGACCCCCAAGCAUCAGAGUCUCCCAAACUCCAGCAACUCUUCCAAGGGGAACUAACUUCAGCCCUCGGCCCUUGCUGCUCUGCAGACUUCGGCCAGCGCCCGCCUGGAGCCAGCGGACCCCUCAUCCCAUGUUAGUGAGUUACUUAGUUCGUUAGUUAGUUACACGAUUUUUCUUUCCUCCCCCCGCCGCCUGGACCAGCGGAAGCCCCGCGAAGUUUGUUCCGCGCUCGCCAUGAAUUUAAGGCACGCGUCUGGGGGCGCAUGGAAAACCCUGGGCUUGCUGGCGCUGAUGCUGCUGCUCGAUCCGGUAGGAGCCUGGUACAAGCACGUGGCCAGCCCCCGGUACCACACGGUGGGCCGAGCUUCGGGGCUGCUGAUGGGCAUCAGACGCUCCCCGUACCUGUGGCGCCGGGACUUGGGGGAUGAGCCAGGAGAGAGCCCGGGCUCGCCCCCCACCGCUGUGAACAGGGCGCCCAGGUUACUGCAGAACCGCAGGCAAGACCUCAGAGCAGCCGGGCCGCGGACCCAGGCAUCCGGGGUGCCAGCCCCGCGCCCCGCCAGAGGCGAGCUCCGUGGGAGAGAACCCGUGGCCCUCACGCGGCUGGGUCUGCAGGACUUAAUAGCCAGGCGAACAAUCGCUCAGCACCGGGGCCCCCUGCAGACAGGUGCCAGCCUUCUCCCGCAGCGAGCCCGAGCGCUGCCCGCCCCGCAGGGUCCCUGGAGCCGAGGAGGGACCCGGGAGAAGAAGAGGUCAAAGCUCCUGGAGACGGUGAUGAAGCAGCAGCCGCAAGGCAGCGAGGAGGGGAUCGGGGACUUAAGUCUUUCUGAGUCCGAGAUAUAGUUCCUGAUCUGCUGAACUCGCCCAACAGAGACAUUCGAAGAGCAAUGGUUGCCUGACUUGGAAACUGUUUCCUGUAGCGGACGGGGAAGAUAUUCAAAGCUGGUUCUCCUGACACUCUGAUUUCUAUGAAAACAUAUAGACAAUUGCCAUUUAAAAAAAAAUCUCUUUGGUUUUAUACCAACUGUGCAAACACAGUGAUAAAUUCCUGUUGUUUUCAAGUUGACCUAGUGCUAUAACCAUGGAGACAAAGAGAAGAUAUUUAUUUUCUUUAUUUUUUAGAUCUCUGUAAUAGCGUCUUAGCAAUAUCACAACAAUAUGUACUGUUUGCUUUCUAGGAACCUGCACUCAUUAAAAUUGA